CUUUUCUGUUUCCUCAAUCAACUGCCCAGAGACUGUUGCUGUGUAAUCGAGGCAAGCAGGCACCUGAGGCCAAUGAAGAGCCUGCGGGAAGCAGCAGGCUAAUCAGGCACCUGCAGCCAGUUAAGACCUGCUGGGUUACUUGGAGAAGUUUCCCCUUAGGUAGGGGAUAGGAAGGGAGAAGAAUGAAGAGCUGAGAGGAGACCUGUGUUUGUGCUGGAGGAGGCUAGCGACCUCUUCCUCCACGCCAGCGACUCUGUUGCCAACGGCCACCUGGCCAAACACAAACAGGCCACAGAUCCUCCGGUUGCUAACAGGCCUGGCUCCUCCGUGCUCUACCUUUGCCUUGCUGGGCCGGCUUCUCCCCCAGUGCCCAGCCUAGCAACUGCAGCUCAGCCCCCAAGCCAGAGCUCCAGGGCUGCGUGGGACGGUGGAAACCGGCUGGGCGACAGAACAGGUUUUUGGAGCAGCUGUGCCCAGCAGCACGGGGGGGAAGCCCCCGUAGGAAAACCAGGCACGUCGGGGCCCCGGUUCCCACGCAGCAUGUCAGACGUGGGGGGUUUCCGCUGCCCCAGCUGCGACAUGGGCUUCCGCUCCAAGCACCUGCUGGACAAACACAUGGAGAAGUUCUGCAUCGGCGGUCAGGCAGCAGGAGACGCCCGAGGGCCCAAUGCCAGACACCAGGAGCAGCCGGGGGGGCACGGGGGGACGGGGCCCAGGAACGCAGAGACUCCAGAGCGCACGCGGCGGCAGCUGAGCGACCCGUGGGUGAGGCGAGCCCGUCUGGGACAGCAGCCGCCAGACAGCCUGAGCGAGCGCGAGAGGAACCUGCUUGAGGGCUCUGUUGGGAACGGCGCCUCCGACAGCCAGGCCUUGAGGAAGCUGACCGAGGAGUUCCACAAACUGAGGCUGUCUCUGGAGGACUCGGUCCCUACGUGCCGCCCCGUAAAGCCAGAGGAGGCCGCCGGCCGUCGGGUUCCCCACCGGCAGGAGUACCGGGAGCGGCUGCAGGAGAUGGCGAAGGUGCACCAGCACCAGAUGGCUGGUAUCCAGGCCAGGAACCUGCAUCUGCAGCAGCAGCGAGAGGGUAGGAGAAUGGGAAGGUGAACAUGGUCCCUGUGCCGCCUUCUCUCCCCUUUGCACUUGAUCCCCCGGGGCAGCCAGUCUGGAGCCCCCCGGG